AUGCGGGAGGUUUGGAGGAAUACUUACUGUGCUGAUGUUAGUUCCAAGACUCCGAGGAAGAAGCUGGAGUCUCUGGAGAAGUUUGCGGAGAGGUUUAAAGGGAAAUGUUCAAAGGGGAUUUUGGAGAAGUUGAGGGAACUUGUAGGGGAUCCGGUGACGGAGAAUAGUACACCGUGGAUUGAUAAGCUACUUCGUCAGUUUCUGGACGAAGUCGGGAGUAGGGGAUUCAAAGUUAAAGACUUGCCUGACAUCGUGAUAGUCCUGGAAUUCCUAGGAUGGAAGGCGAGAGAAGUUCCAGAGUACCAAGAACAUCUAACGACCAUAUUAGGCACCAUCAGUUGUCCUCCAGAAGUGGAGAAGCCCUCGGAGAACCUGACCAGCUCCAAAAUUCUGGAGCAUUACUUCACACAUUUAGGGCGUCUAAUAAUUCUCCUGCCAACACAGGAAGGAAUCAUAAAACUGCUUGGAUCUUUCCAUGAAUUGUUGACUCGACCAAAACGAGCGGAUAUUUCAGCAAUAAAGUUGGGGUAUUUGUACGAAGCUGUGGAGAAAUCCAGUCUUCCAGUGGUUCUUUCAAGACUAAUUAAUAAUUGCCCUCCAGAGAUAUCGAAGAACCUGCUGGAAGUCAUUUGUGAUUUAGUGAUGACAUCAGAAGUCUGUUGUCAUGAAAUGCUGAGAGAAAAUAUUCUGAACUCCCUUUUACCAAAAUUAGAACAUUCAUUCAAGAAAUUUCACGAAAAAAACAACAAAAAUGAGGUAAUCCUCACAAUACGAGUCAUUUGGGCAUUGAUGAGGUCGGCUCAACCAUCGGAAGACUUUCCUUCAGGUUUACGACAUAUAUCUCCUCCAAACCGUGACAUUACGAGGUCCUUGAAAAAUGUUUUCGUGUCAAGUGUUCGUGAAUCGUCAUUAAACUCUCAUCUAAAGAAGAUUCGAAAUGAUCUUGUGAUGAUAAUCCUCGCUGGAUUGGUGGCAAUGCCCUCGUGGAACCUCGUCAGUUCAGGAUUAGCAACAGAAAUCAUAAUCCUAUUAAAAUCCUCUCAAGUUCCUUCAACUCAAGAAGAUCUAUUCUUCGUGAAAACUCUCCUAGCUCUCCUCUGCCAUCUCGCUGCCUCCCCCUUCUGCAUUUCCAUGAUGAGGGAAAAGGAAGUGAUCUGUGGGGUUUUGCGACUCCUGUGCAUCGACGAGGAGUCGAAAAUCCCGGGAAGUUCUUCCCAUAAUUCUCACUUGGUUCCGUACGUGAUGAGGACGUUGUCGACACUUGUGCCUGAGCUGUGGGAAGAUUUCGUCAAGCUCCAGGGGCCAAAGAAGCUUCUAAGAAUCUUGGAAUGGAGUAUGAGGAUCGAGUCGAACCCCUCGAUUCUCAUGGAAUCAUUGAAAGCUCUCUGUUUUAUAAUAUCGCUUCACAACCAAGAUUUAGUGAUACAGUUCAAAACUGCAGGGAUUAUUAAUCUACUCUUCAAACUAAUCAACAGACUUCUAAUUCUCGCCGAGUUAACUCUCCAGACCCAGAGCACGCUAGCCCUCCUCCUAACAACCCUCGAGUUCCUCCAGAAACCCGACAGUUCCCCCCACUCCACCUCCUCCUCCGACUCCCUAAGAAUCCCCCAAAACCUCCUCCAGCGAUUUUCCCAGCAAACCCCCCAGGACUUCGUCAUCGACGACAAAUUGCUCAUCUCCCUGGGCUCCUACACCUGGACCUGCAUCAUCUCCUCGCCGCCGACCCUCAAACGAUUCAUAGAAAACGGAGGAACGUACCUGAUCCUCGACUGCCUCGAGGCGUCCCCUCGCCUGCCCCAGACCGUCUUCCUGGGGAUUUUAUCAGACAUGUGCCUGGAUCCCCACUGCAUCCCCCACCUCAGCACCUGGAGAGGUCUCGACAAGUCCAAGGGACUGCUGUCACUGCUAUCAAAAAUCUGGAGGGACGAGGAGCGACGAAUUGGCGUCAAGAGGACGUCCACUGGAUGCGUCGAGGAUAUUGAACUCCCCCUGAUGGGCCGGACCCAGUGGAGGAAUUCCUUCUACACAAAGACCAUUGAGAACUACUCUCCGACGAUGGAGUCAUUGUUGGGAUCGGCCAGACCGAAAAUCUACAGCAUCCGGAAGCAGUUGCUGGCGAAUUCCGAGGUCUACGAGAGGGCGAGGGAUCAUUACAAGAUUUUAACCGAUGAUCUGCCCCCCGAGGACUCGAUAACCCUCUGCAUCGUCGACCAGUUCUUCAGGUUCACGAGGGGUCAGGUCUGGGGGGAGGUGCUGCGGUAUCUGAAGCAGAAGGGGGUCAAUCCCCUGGGGGCCGACGGGGAGAUGCUCCUGGUGAUGUGCCAGAGGCAUCGAGAGUGCGGGCUUUACGUCAGGGAUUGUCAGGAGAGGAUUAUCUGGGAGGAGAAGAUGAAGGAGCGGCGCAAGGAGGUGGAGGACAUCGCGAGGAUCAGGGAUGCCAGGCUGACUGCAGCGUUGGAAGCUGCUAAGACUAUUGAUUUGGUCGAGAGGACCGCGGAUAGGGGGUACAGGGUUGGGAGGAGGAAUCAACAGAAGGCGGAGGUUGAGGGGGGAUUGAGAUUUCCGGAAGGGGCGCCUGGGGAUUGCCAUAGGACGUACCCGGAGGGGUGGAAUGUUACUACGAUUUUAAACCAAACACACAGAAUAAAAACCGCUCGAUCGUACUCUGAAUGUGAUGAAGCUGGGAGAGUUUCACCAGCGAGCUCAACACCUCCAAUUUCCUACGACUUUUCUCACGAAGAUUGGGAUUAUUAA